CACACGCAACGCAAGUUUAGGAUCACAAGUGAGUCCCUAACAAAAACCCACAAGAAACCAGCUGAAAUCCUAACAAUCCUAGAAAACGUGGGACUAAGAAACUCGGGACCAGAUUCAUAUGUCGCCCGGAAUGUACCAAGGAACGCCUUUCGUUUCCCCAUCUGAGCUUCUUUACCAACAUGUUUCUGUAGUUUAAUCAAUCAGCUGGUAAUCGCUCGGUGGGUCGCUUGGGAGAGUUUUCUCUCGAAACUCUUGAAAACUUUUAUACCUGGAACACGUCGAGAAAGGAAGAAAAGCCACCUCGGCGCACGGUGAUAUGAACAGCACAGAGGACGCGAUUGGUUCGGCUAACUCGGUAAAUGAGGAGAACCCUUCACACUCUGCUGCAGAUGGUAAGAAAGCAGGAGGAUGGAGAGCCAUUAAGUACAUUCUAGGGAUCUAUCAUUUGAUGCUGAAUGUCAGAUUUUCUUGUUUUGAUUUUGAAAGGGAAUGAAUCGUUCGAGAAACUAGCUUCGAUGAGCUUGGUGUCCAACAUAUCGGUGUAUCUGCGUACCGAGUACAACAUGGGCGGCAUCCUUUUGGUUAAUGUGGUGAACAUCUGGUCCGGUUCCUCGAACGUCGCAUCCCUAGCUGGCGCUUUCGUUUCUGAUACGUACCUGGGCAAGUUCCGAACUCUCCUUUUUGGUUCGUUGGCAUCUCUCUUGGUAAGCUCCCUAUUCGUGGUCGUCGUCAAUAAAUUUCCAGGUGUCUGGUCUUGAUUUCGAUAAUCAGCGGAAGUUUUCGUUUAUAGGGCAUGGGGACCAUGACUCUAACCGCGGGUAUACCACAAUUACACCCGUCCAAGUGUACCGGUGAAUCGAAUUGCCCCCAGCCUAGGAGUUGGCAGCUUGGUUUUCUCUUUGCUGGACUUGCCCUCUUGGCCAUCGGAGCAGGCGGCAUUAGGCCUUGCAAUAUCGCGUUUGGGGCCGAUCAGUUCGAUACCAGAACAGAAAAGGGAAGAGCACAAUUGGAGAGCUUCUUCAACUGGUGGUACUUCUCCUUCACCGCCGCACUCCUCGUAGCUCUCACUGCUGUAGUCUAUGUUCAGACCGAUGUUAGCUGGGUUCUCGGCUUCGCCAUUCCGACCGCUUGCCUUGGACUGUCCAUAUCCAUUUUCUUGCUCGGUCGUAAGACUUAUAUCUGCAAGAAGCCUCAAGGAAGCAUUUUCGUGGAUAUGGCUAAGGUGCUCGCAGCCGCAUGUCGGAAGCAUCGCCAAACUCUUGGACCCGAUCAGGAGCAACCAUCCUAUGAUCCUUCGCCAGAGGAAUCAGACCCGGGGGUGGUCAAGCUAAUUCAUACGCAUAGAUUCCGGUUUCUGGAUAAGGCAGCUCUUAUUGUCGAUCCGAACGAAUUGGAUGGUCGAGGAAUGUCGAAGAACGGCUGGAGGCUGUGCAGUGUUCAGCAGGUGGAGCAAUUCAAAUGCUUGUUAGGAAUCUUGCCAGUUUGGAUAACAGGAAUCGCCUGUUUCAUAGCCAUGGACCAGCAGACCACGUUCGGGAUGCUUCAGGCUAUUCAGAUGAACAAAUCGAUGGGACACCACUUCGAGAUCCCGCCAGGUUGGAUGACCCUCUUCUCCAUGAUAGCGCUCUCGACAUGGAUCUUCAUCUACGAGCGCGUUUACAUUCCCCAGGUGCGGAAAACCACUAAGAAGGACAAAAGAUUGACAAUGCAGCAGAGGAUCAGCACAGGGAUAAUCAUGUCGAUUCUGUGCAUGUUGGUCGCCGGAAUCGUAGAGAGGAAGCGUCGAGAGUCGGCCUUAAGCCGGGGUUCGUACGAAUCUCCAGUUACCGUCGCAUUACUCCUGCCGCAAUUCGUCCUAUCAGGAAUGGUCGAAGCAUUUGCAGCAGUGGCAAUUUUGGAGUUCCUCACCACACAAAUGCCAGAGAGCAUGAGAACCGUCGCUGGCGCAAUCUUCUUCCUCAGCUUGUCUAUAGCAAGCUACAUAGGCUCCUUUCUUGUCAAUAUGAUCCAUCUGAUCACUCGCAAGAACGGGAAAUCGCCAUGGUUGGGAGGUCAUGAUCUUAACAAGAACAGGCUCGAGAACUACUACUACAUCAUUGCCGCUGUCGGCGCGGCAAACUUUGUAUACUUCAAUUUCUUCGCCUGUCGUCAUGUUAAAAACGUCGAACUUUGUGUAGACGGGAGAGAGAUCCAGUUGGAGAUUUCCGCUUCUCGCCAUUGAGGAGAUCUAUCCGUAUGUAAAGUGUGACGACAGAUAUUGAACAUACCGGCGAAAUACAGCACAGAAAUGUAUCUAAAACCA